CGUUGUCUUUAUCUACCAGUCUCGCCUGUGAAACCAGCCUAUCUUAUUACAGCUGCAAGAGACAGUGAAGGAAUUAAUCACAGGCGGGAGGCAGACUAAGUGAGUGGAAGGCCAAGUGACACAACAGCACCGUACCUUGCUGUCACAGAUCACUCACAGCAUCAAGCUCGCUCACUCGGCCUGGAGUUGAGAGGAUCUCACGAUUCCAGCACUGUCGGAAUUUAUCAGAAAGAAGGAGGUUGAUCAAUUUUACCUAGUAGGCUACCUUACAGGUUACUAGAUUUUCCAAGGUAGUCAUCACAAGAUGGGCAACAAAUCUGGUAAAGCGAGUAUCACAGAGCCUGUAGCUGCGGAUGGCUCAGGAAACACUGAAAGUAACAAGAAGGCAAAGAAGGAAAGAAAACACUCUAAGAAGGGUGGCAAUGCUGAGAAUGAGAAUGGUGGGGUGCAGGAAAUAUCAUUGGAGAGAAAAGGAGAAGGUGACCAAACAGAAGACAAAGAACAGGAAACAACUCCAAAUGGUGAUGCUAACAACUCAGAACUGGAUAAUGUGCAGGGUGUUGAUCUAGAUGAAAUUGAACAAAAACAAACUGAUAGCACACCAACAGAAAAUGGUCCUGAGGAGGUUAUAAGCACUGAUAAAGAGGAAAAGGAAGUACAGAAUUCUGAAACUGAAAAACAGGAUGAUGCAAAAUCAGAUAAUGAAAGCCCAGUGGAAAAGGAACCUGAAACCCCAGAAGAUGCACAGGUAGAAGAAGAAAAAGAGGAAACUAUUGAAAAGAGUGAAAAUAAACUAGAAAGUGAUGCUGCUGAUGUUACUGCUACUGCUGCUGAAGAGGAAAAGACUGAAGUGGAAGAAGAGCAGCCAGAAGAGCAACCAGAAAGUGCAACAAUAGACACACCUGUAGUCGAGGAAACAGAAAAAGAGGUUAGUGAAAAUGCAGAGAAAAAGAGUACUAACAAACAGAAGGAUGGUUCAAAAUCACCAGAGAAGAAGGGCUUUUGUUUUGGGGGGUGUCUUAAAGGCAGUUCAUCAGCAGAUCAACUUCAAAAGUUGGACGACAGUAAAAGUGAAGAAGUAAAAGAUGAAGAGGGAAAAAAUACAGAGAAGCCUGUUCCCUCUUUGGAAGGAGAAGAAAAAAGUGAAAGUAAUAAAGUAGAGAAUGAAGCAAAUGUGGAUACAGCUGGACAAGACAAGUUAGAACCAGUUCAACCAGAAGUAGUAGAACAGAAAGAAGAGACUACAGCAGAAGAUGAAAAAACUACAGAGACUGCAGUAGAAGAAGAAAAGAAUACAGAGACUGCAGUCGAAGAGAACAAGGUCAAAGAAGAGGCACCCACAGAGCAAACACAAGAGGAAUUACCACCACCUGCUGAGCCAGUCACAGAGGGGGCAGCACCCAUUGUAGUGGAGGAGAAUCAGCAGCAAGAAAUGCCCGAACCAACAGCACCUGCUUUGUCAGCUAUAGUCUCAGAGUCAAUCACAGCAGAGGAACAGAAAGGAGAGGUAAGUAUUAUUGUUCAUACUGACACCCAGCUUGAGGCUGUGAAAGAGGGUGAACAAAUGGGUGAAAAGGAGAAAGAAGUUCCAAAAGAAAAUCUUGGUAAACCGGUAGCUGAGGCAGUGGUACCUGAAAAAGAUAUUGUUGAUCAGGUACAUGAGGAGGAUGUACUGAAGGAAGAUGUUGACAAACUUCAAGCAGAGGAACCAGACGAGGUAGCUGGUGAUCAGAAUUUUGUGUCUGAGGCACAAAGUGAAGUUGUUAAACAAGAGAGAGAAAUACUAAAGGAAGAUGACAUGAUACAGGUACCCGAGGCAGAGGAACCAAAAGGAGUUAUUGACCAGAAUUCUGAGACAGAGGAACCAAAAGAAUCUAUUGCUCAUCUGGUAACUAAGACAGACACUCAAAAUGAUAUUGUUGAACAGGCACAGCAGGAAGAGGUAGAAGAUGUUGUGAAAGAGGCACCUGACACAGAGGAACUAAAAGAUGAUAUUGUUGAUGAGAAACCUGAGACAGAAGAACCAAAGGAAGAUAUUGAACCAAAAGAAGAUAUUGAUCACCAGGUAACUGAAACAGAGCAGCCCAAAGAAAAUUCCAAAGAUGUACCAAAUGUGGUGGAACCAGAGGAAGUCCAUGAAAAAUCCCCUGAGAAAGAGGCACUGAAUGAAGAUAUUGUUGAACAGAUACCUGAGUCAAAAACACUACAAGAAAUGGUAGUCGAACAGGCACAAGAAUCAGAAAAGCAAGAAGAGGAAAUUGUUGGACAGGAACAUUUACAAGGUGCACAGAAAGAUCAUGAAGAACAGAUAGUUGAUGUACAAGCAACAGAUGAGAAUGAUGCUGAAGAGUCACUUAAACCAGAGGCAAAGGAAGAAUGCCCUGAAGUAGAAGUAAAGAUGCAACAUGGUAUUGAAAAUGCUAACGUCACAGAACCCCCAAAUGAGGAAGAUGAUAAAAAUGCUUCAACUCCAAAAGAAGAUGAGGAGCAUCAGGUUCUUGAGCAAGAAGUUUCUGAAGGGGAAAAAGUCAAAGAUGAACCACAGAAGGACAAGUCUCCCAAAGAAUCAAAAGAGAGAAAACCUGAAUUAGAAAAUGAAACGAGAAAUUUCCAAUGAAUCUGAAACUAAAAUUGCACAACAUGCUUCUCCAGCAGGUGUUAUAGUGUCUAAAACUUUAGAAAAUGAAGUUUCAGAUAAAACACCAGCAGCCUUAUCAUCACCAGAGACUAAAGGAGGAAAUGAUGAUCAUCCAUUGGUUGGCAAACCUGAUGAUUGUCCCUCAGAGGGAGCCACUAAUCCAGAUAAUCCAGAGGAUUCAGUUGAAGACGGUGCAAAAGAGGAAAAUACCCAAGAAGAACCUCCAACAGAGGAAGAAGUGAAGAAUAGUCCAGAUGAGCCAG